AUGGAUCUGAGGGCCAUGAUCAACAGAUCUGACACCUCUUGCUUCCCCCUCCAUCCUUUGAAGGACAUAUGCGGCCAUGCUCAAUAUACCCAGACAAUAGUCAGCAGGGAUUACGUCAUUGAGCAAACGGAAGGCACCAUCAAGCACCUGGUCCUUUCCACCUUACUAGGCAUUGGUCUCAUAGAUGGCUAUGACAAGAGCUUUAGAAAACCCCAGCUCUGUCGUGAGAUGGAACACAGAAUGGUACAAGUCUGCAAAUGA